UCCGUCUGGACCCUCCCGGAGCUCUUCCGGGUGUGGAUAAUACACAUUUCCUCCUGCCGACACGCAUUCCCAAGAAAACAUCCUGAACGGACCGAGCUGCGUGCAAGUGCAAACCAACGAAUGAGACAGGGCACUUGAGAUUGAAGACAGAUUAUGAACAGAUACUCGCAAGAUUGUGUUUGAAGAGCGACUGUGAGAACUGUGGAAUAUUUGAGAUGUCAGACUCAGAGCAUCAUUUCCCAUCAUCCGUCAGACAGCUGUUGUUCGUAUUUCGAGUUAUAGAGCGCCGAGCUUCUUUAUAUUGACUCUUUUCAAUAUACAAAACAUCAAGUAAACGGAUUAAAUCGGGAAACAAAAUGUGGCCAAUGCCAUCUUAUUUUGUUUUUGCUCUUAUUGUCACCAUUGCCCAGGAGCUGAACGGAGAACCACACGAUACGCGUCCCUCAGCGAUGCAGUUGAAUUCAACAUUACCGCCGCAAGAAGAUUCUUCAUCACAUAAUACAACAGAUGCAGCAGUUGGAUCUCGCAUUUCUACCAUUUUAAGGGAUCUUCCUACCAUCAAAAAUAUUUCGAUUUUUAUCUGCGUGUUAACAACCUUGCUUAUUACUUGCCUUGUCAUAAAAAUAUUCAGAUCGGCAAAGAAGAUCAGAAAAACACGAAAGUAUGACAUCAUCACAACUCCUGCCGAGCGCGUGGAGAUGGCACCCUUAAAUGAAGAAAACGACGAAGACGACGACUCGACCCUGUUCGAUGUCAAAUACAGGUGAAUGAAGAGGUGCACACUGUUGAAGAGUCCCGUAUACCCCUGCGUGUGAACACAUCUCUACAGGGACCUUUGAUUUAAUUCAUUUCCUCAGAGUCUUGAAACUUCAAUGGAACAUGGCGACAAAUUAUAUCAAAUGUUUCUUGGUGUUUGUAUCCGUUCUGACAUUCCAAACCAACAAAAAAUGAAGUUUUUUGCAAGGAACUUUUCUGUUGGAAGUACAUAAAGAUAAUCAAUAGAUUGAUAAAGAAAGUUUUCUUUGCUCCUAAUGAAGGAGGCACUAAAGUUAAUCCCCAACAAAUCAGUUAUUGCUCUAAUUAUUGCACAUUUUUCCUUUACCCCCCCAAAAACAUUCAUGUUUGGUAGAAAGUCUGUAAUUCAAUAUGCAUAAUUGCUCUUGAAAGUAUGAGGCAGCUUGAACAUUACCAUCACAGUAUAUCACAUUAAAGCUAUUUUAAGUCAUUUUUCGGGGGGGAAUGUGAUCAUAUACAUAAUAAUAAAUAAUUGCAA